AUGUUUUCUGUAAAUACUGAAUGUAGAAAUCUAGAAUUGGCUGGGGAUUAUACAGAAGUAACACCCGUGUUUUUUAAAUCUAACAUACUCCAGGCAAUAAAAAACCUAUUUGGUGAGGUGACAGCCAGUGUAGACGUAGACGUACUCAAGUACAACAUAGAAACAAACCGAGGAUUACUAAGAGUUCCGAAGACUGAAUACAUUAAAGUACGGAACAGUUUAACCCUCUACAGCAAAACAUUAGAACAAGUACACUGCGCUUUUAGAGUGCACAAAGCUAGUUCGUUGCUACUAGCACUUCAAGGGAGCGAUUGUUAUGAUUUAUUUAAAAAUAUGCAAAAUUGCAUGCAGAAAUAUCCAACAUUAUACAAUAAAGACCUAGCUGACGAUGAUGAAAUUAGUAAUAUGGCUGCAGCAGAAAGUCAAGCUCAAAUGUCAAUACCAGAAAGUACAAAUACAUCUGAAGCUAGUAAAAAGGAUGACAAAUAAAUUUAAAGUUGUUCAAUGGCAUUAUUUUGUACAUUUGUUUAAACAAAAUUUUGUCAUUUUAGGAAGUAUUCGUUUGUUAGUUUAUUUUUUACAUAAAAACAAAAUAUGUACCUAAUAUAAGAUCUAAAAUGAAACAUCUACUUACAUGUUCUGUCAAAAUGUACUUAUUUAAAGAACAUUAAAGAUUAGUUAAAAGCAA